AUGGGUAAGGAUUAUCAUUCUAAUAGUAAUAACAAUAAUAUUAAUACUAUUGAUGCGGAUGAGAAUUACAAAGAUGGGGUUCAUGAAGAAUAUGAUGAUGAUGAUGAUGAUGAUGAUGAUGAUGAUGAUGAUGAUGAUGAUGAUGAUGAUGAUGAGGAGGAGGAGGAUGAUGAUGAUGAUGAUGAUGAUGAUGAUGAUAAAUCUGAAACAUAUAUUCUGCAUUCUGAGUCUGUUGAAUCAAGCGGCCACAUGAAAAUGCCUGUCGGUGGGAAUGAGUAG